AUGGAGAUGUGCCGCUUCCAUGAGCUGGAAGACCCGCAAUUUCAAAAAGUCAAGCAUGCUCUGCGCAGGCUUGCCGAAGCCGCCUUGGCUCGAACACGAGCUACAUCACCGGGUCCUCUUAUGGAGUCGGACGCCACUGAUCUCACGGAAGAGCAAAAGAAAGUCUUGAUUCAGUCCUUGGCAUUCGAGCAGCUAGAUGCGCGCCAGGGCAGUAUCAAAAAAGCACACGACAAGACAUCUGAACGCCAUUGCUGGGAUGUAGGUAUCCUCCAAGAGCUUUUGGAAGCGGCUGUUGAACAUUUGGAAAAACAUUCGGUUACGUUCUUCAUCGACGCCCUAGAUGAAUGCAAAGAUUCCGAUGUUCACGACACGAUCGACUUCAUGAGACGCAUGAGCCAGAAAGCUAUUCUAUUCGGAAGCCAGGUGCGCACAUGCUUCUCCAGCAGACAUUAUCCCAUCAUCACACUGGAUAGAGGUAUCGAGGUUGUCCUAGAAAACCAGAGUGGCCAUGCCGAGGAUAUCAAGGAGUAUAUCGAAGCCAAACUCAAGCUCGGUACGUCACAAGCAGCGAAAGACUUCGGUUCGGAGGUACAACAAAAGGCAGCCGGAGUUUUCAUGUGGGUCGUACUUGUUGUUCACAUCUUGAAUGAUGCCCAUGUUGGCGGCCAAGGUCGCAUCCAGGAACUCAGAACGCGGCUUGACGUUUUGCCACGAGACUUGCACGAUCUUUUCAGAAAUAUCCUCGACAGGAACAACACAAACUUGGAGCACCUUGCGCUUUGCCUCCAGUGGAUUCUUUUCGCCAGACGACCGCUGACCCCUCCAGAGCUCUACUUUGCUCUCCAUUGCGAAGGAAACACAUUAGGGGGCCUCCAGUCUACGGCGUGGGAUCGCGAGGAUAUCCCACUUGAUAUGAUUGAGAGAUUUGUUAUCACUUCCUCAAAAGGUCUUGCGGAAAUCAGACGAUCCCGACGGCCAACUGUACAGUUCAUUCAUGAGUCUGUUCGAGAUUUUUUGCUUAAAAGUCAUGACAUGAUCAAUAUUUACAGUUCAGUACCCGACGAAGUGGGAGGGAGAAGUCAGGAAAGACUUGAAAAAUGCUGCGCCAACUAUAUCGAUCAUGUCUUCAACUCGAUUGAGAUGAAGAACUUUAUAGCCAAGGACUUGCCAGUAGCCCAUACUACUACUGAGAGCCGGCUUCUUCGAGAAACUUGCGAGCGCAUGUUCCCAUUCUUGCGAUAUGCCGUUCAACACGUCUUUCACCAUGCGGAAAAGGCUCAGCAGGCAGGGCUUCCGCAGAACGAAUUUCUCCGAGACUUUCAGUUCCAGCACUGGCUCAGCGUACUCAAUAUCCUGUUGGGCCGCCAGACACGCCGUUACAAGCAGAGAGGUCUUGAUUGCCUUUUGGCAGAAGGCAACCGGCCCGCACUACUCGAACUCGUUUGGGGCCAUACUCAUGCGCCCAGGCACGCAUGCUUUGUCAACUCCGGCGCGCAUUAUCAUUACGGCUCGCCACUCAUGGUGGCCGUGGCCCGCGACAACAGAGACGUCUUGAGAAAGAUACUCGAUAUGCAAGCUUCAUACUGUGGCUUCGAGGAUCUCAUUCCUGACGUACAACGCGAAUGCGACAACGCACCGUCUCCACUGGUUCCAGAUGGGCGUGAAUUCGACUUUCAACCUCACAUGCGGAAGGCGGCGGGGAAUGCACUGUUAGCUACAUCGGAUCUAUUCGCCGCAACCUCCACGCUGUUGCAAAUUUUCGCGGCUGUCUUGUGGCAUUACCAAGACUUCUCGAGCCAUGUAGAUCACCUCAUCCGGCAUCUUCUGAGUAACAGAAAUUCGCUUGCUCUGAAGGUUUUGUCCAGGAGCCCGAAACUUCGAUCAAAGUCUGGUCACGUUUUCAGGGCAGGUACGCCGCAUCUGGUAGAAGCCUGCAUCUCGAAUCACAAAAAGAAGGUAAUCAUGCUGCUAGAAGUCGAUGCGCAGUUGGCCAUGAGCAAAGACGACUCAGGCAUCUGCACGUUGACCUAUGCCUGUCGAGCAGGCUACCCUGAAGUCAUCGCAGUAGUGCUCGAAGCGAGCAAGAGCGCGCGGUGUGAUUCGAUACAGGGUGGCGUUGAUGCGCCCGACCAUGCCGAGGAGCACCGGGCGUGUGAGGAGUUGGCGGAGCUUCUGGUGAAGCACAGCGAUCAUGACUUUUCAACGUCGAACAUGUCCGCGCUCGCUUACUAUGCCACCAAAGGGUCAGACGUCAUGGUGGAAGCGUUAUUGCGCAGCGGAGCCGCAGCAGACGCCACUCCAUGGCAAGGAAUUGAUCCCCUGACCUGUGGCAUCGAAGGAGGCCAUACAGGCAUCGUCAGAUUAUUACUCAAUGCCGGAGCAUCUGCGAAUGCUCCGUCAAGAUUUUGCCAGGCCCCCCUUGCACUGGCAGCCAGCCUAGGGCAUGAUACGAUCGCAGCAGACUUGCUCGGCGCAGGAGCAGAGGUCAAUCACCAGUCCAUCGACGGUCGAACCGCACUUUCCCGUGCGGCCGAGAACGGCCACCACGCAAUAGCUAUCCAGCUGUCGCAGCGAGGAGCUGACGCAAGGCACGAGUCCGCAUACGGGAGAAACGCACUUUCCUACGCUGCUGAGAAUGGCCACGAGACGAUCGUGGAUCUCCUGCUCGUGGAACAUGGCCACGACGCCAUCUCAGGAGCAGAUGCCACUCCGCAACACGCCAACUGUCCACAACUUGUUCCAUCUCCCUCCCGGCAGUGUGCGUCCACGGAACUCAAAAGCCUCCUCACACCACUGCACUACGCGGCAGGAGCGUGCCACAGCGGCAUCGUCGACCGACUGCUGAAGAGAGGAGCCGAUGUCGAGUCCCGGAACGCCUGGUCGCAGACCCCACUGGUGUUCACCGCCGCAGCAGGCCAUGCGAACUUUGAUAUCCUCUCCCUCGCCAUGGGAUCCACUCAGAUGUCCUCUCCGCAGGACACUGCACGUUCCUCGCCGGCUGACAGUAUCGGCUUUGCCCUCGCAUCAACUCCAGAGAUGGAAUCGGGAACGGUCCCGGGUGGCGAUGCCCUGACGUUGGAGGCCGAGGCCAUUCGCUCGAGGCGCCUUCACACGGUCGAGCUUCUCCUUCUCCACGGAGCACUCAUCGACAGCGCAGACUACGACGGCCAUACGGCGGUGGCUUGGGCUGCUGCACGAGGUGACACGGAAAUGCUCAAGCUUCUCAUCGAGAGAGGCGUGUCGGCUGAUGUGACGGACAAUCUGGGGAGGACGCCUUUGAUGCACGCCAUCAGGUUUGGGCACGCCAAGGCCGUUGCCUUCCUGCUUCAUACAGGCGAAGCUGCUGCUGCUGACCCGAAGGCGUUGGUCCCGGCAGCUGGACGGGAGGAAGCUGAAGACCGGCACUGA